CUGUACGUUGCGUCGCGAUGAUGUCUUAAUGUUUGAUGGAUUUCCUGUGCGAGAAGCACGCCUAAAAUAGAUAUCAUACUGUGACCUUUGUACCCACCGUUUAUUGGCCGCACUUGUGUGUUAUGUUGAUACGUGAUGCCCAGCGAAGUGAAUUAUUGUAGUAUCUGUUUCGUGACAUGAUCGUCGAUACAAAAGUAGAUCAGUAGUUAUUAAUAUUAUUUUCUUUUUAUAAGAGUUUUUGAAUGAAAUCACAAUAUGGUUUGGAAUAAGAACAUACACUUCGUUGUUGUGAGUGUAUCCAUCAUUAUGCUACUGGAUGGAUUAGAAGGAUGGACGAUGUUCCACAGGGGACGAGGACAUGGUGGAAUGUUAGGGUCACCUAAAGCUGCACCCAAUACAACUGCUGAAUGGUUCCGUCAGCUGUUGGAUCAUUUCAAUCCAACAGUCCUACAUACAUGGGAACAGAGAUACUUCACCAAUGCCAGUUUCUAUGUCCGUGGUGGUCCAGUGUUCCUUAUGAUUGGUGGUGAAGGGACUGCAGAUCCUAUAUGGAUGGUUACAUCACAGUGGAUCGAGUAUGCUCAACGUUAUAAUGCUCUCUGCUUCAUGUUAGAACAUCGAUAUUAUGGUGCAAGUCACCCCACAAGGGAUCUGAGUUCAAGGAAUUUGGUUUACCUGAGCAGUGAACAGGCCCUUGCAGACCUUGCAUACUUUAUCGAAGCCAUGACAGUCAAGUAUGAAGUGCCUGAAGGAACCAAGUGGAUAGCAUUUGGGGGCUCAUAUUCAGGGUCCCUUGCUGCUUGGCUGCGAGCCAAGUAUCCUCACCUAGUUCAUGGAGCUGUGUCAGCCAGUGCACCCCUGUUAGCAAAGGCAGACUUCAGAGAGUAUUACAGAGUUGUUCAAGAUGAUCUGGCCAUGUAUAAUCUUUUUUGUGUUGCUGCUAUUAGACAUGCUACUCAAGAAUUGAGCAUGCUAUUGAAGGAUUCAUUUGGCCAUAAGAUUGUGAAUAAACUGUUCAAUUUAUGUGACCCAAUUGAUGUUUUAGAGAAGAAUGAUGUGUCAAACCUCUAUGAUACUUUAGCAGGGAAUUUAGCCGGAAUAGCACAAUAUAAUGGUGACAAUCGUCAGUUUGAAGGGUUAUCAUUAAAUAUGACUCUUAAGUCAGUAUGUGCUAUUAUGGAUGAUGAAAGCCUCGGUACACCAGUGAAACGGUAUUCACUGGUGAACAACAAACUGCUUGAAAAAUAUAACAAGAAAUGUCUUGAUUACAAAUAUGAUAAAUUGAUUGCCUACUUGAGUCAAACAGAAUGGGACUCUGAAGCUGGUCAAACUGGAGGUCGGCAGUGGGUGUACCAAACAUGUACAGAAUUUGGCUUCUACCAGACUUCAGAUUUAACUGCUCAGGUAUUUGGAGACUAUUUCCCCCUGGAUUUCUUUAUCCAACAGUGUUCCGAUGUUUUCGGUCCAAGAUAUAAUGGGACGCUGGUAAUGCAAGGAGUUAAACGUACUAAUACAAUUUAUGGAGCAUUAAACAUUCAGGCUACCCGUGUUGUGUCCGUUCAUGGCUCCGUUGAUCCAUGGCAUGUAUUGGGAAUUACGCAAACCAUUAAGAAAGAUUCACCAGCAAUCUAUAUCAAAGGAACAGCGCAUUGUGCCGACAUGUACCCCAGUUUGUCAUCAGAUCUGCCGCAGCUCGUGGCAGCCAGGAAAAAGAUUAGUGACCUAAUUGGACAGUGGUUGGGUGAUGAUUAAAUUAGUAUAACAUAAGUGUAAUGAAAAUGUCAAUACAUUAGAUCUCAUUAAUGCUUGUUAAUUUACAAACAUAAAUUUUGUAACAAAUAGAAAAUAAAGGAAAUUUAUUGAUUCCCAAAA